AUGUCCGCUUCCACCUUUCCUCCCUUUGGCGCCACCAUCUUCGCAUCGUCCUCUUCGACUGACUCCAACUCCUCGGACCGCAUUGGCGCCGUGCAAAAAUUCCUUCUCGCCAGCGAUUGGUCGUCGCUCUCUUCUCUCAGCCCUCCCACCAACCCCGUUUCCGCCGUUGCUGAAGAAUCUUUCUCUUGGCCUUCCUCUGGUGUCGACGUUGCUCUCUUUCCCUCUUCGGUAGAGACCGUCAAGCCUACGAUGCUGCACGCUACUGCCAUCAGCAACGUCGUCUCUUCCGCUCCUGUCUCGGGUCUCUAUGAAACCCCGGCAGUUUCUUCCGGUAACGCUGCCUGCGCUGUUGCUGCCGCCGUCGCGCCAACUCCGUCUCCGCUGACACCUGCUCAUCGUCAAUCUUUCGACACAUGCUACACUGAUUCGGUUGGCUCGCCCGACUCGGAGCGUGACUUUCUCACGUCGCCUUCGAUGUUCGAUGAUAACGACUUUGAAUUCGACUCCGACACGCUCGCCAAUCACUUUCCCCUCUUCACUGACCAGGCCUAUGAAGAUCCGGUCGAGCCGCAGUCGGAAGAUCUCAUCGACGCUUUUGCCUCGAACGUCAAGCUCGAAGCAACCGAGCACGAUUCGCAGCUGACCGAGACAGACUUUGCUGCCAGUCAGUCCACAGUCAUGCCCUCACAAAGUCAGGUCAAGCUUGAGGAAGACUUUUACGGCGUGUCUUCCACCCUUGCCGAUGCCUUCAAGACCGAAGCUGAUGCUCACACCAUCAAGCUCGAGCCCAAGUCCGAAACGGAGCACGACGUCUGGUCGGCAGACGAGCUCAAGCCUUACUUUGGUGACGAGGACUCCAAGGCCGUCCUACUCAGCAGCCUCGCCAACGCCUUUGGCCACGACUUGGUCCAGCCCAUCAAAGAGUCGCUCAGCCAGCAAGAGGUGCAGAAGCCUUCGCAGGUGGGCCCCAUCCGCUCCACGCGUGUCGAUCGAGACCGCCGCUCCUCGCCCACCAAAGCUGCCGCCACCUCUUCGGCUGCUAGCCCAGCACCCAUCAUCGAUCCUAUCACCAAGGCCAAGCGCUGGCAGUGCACCGAGUGUGGCAAAUGGUUUGAUCGCGCCUACAACCUCAAGACGCAUCGAUACACGCACGAGGACCCCGAGACCCGUGCACGUCCCUUCCUUUGCCCAGACACCGAGUGCGAGAAGCAGUUUGCUCGCAAGCAUGACAUGCAGCGCCAUUUCGAGAACGUCCAUCGUGGCGGAGUCAGAAGGGCUAAAAGUGGCUCGGUCAAGCGGAGUCGCGCGGACGACCUUGGUUAA